GGCAUCCUCAAUGAAACAAAAAAUUUCCAAUCCCAAAAAAAAUCAUUGCCUUUUCUUAGCCCACCCUUAUAAUUCUUACUCAUUGUAGUUGUUGCUUAAAGCUUGGCCUCUUCCCUUAUCCUCUCUUUCUCUCUUUGCAGGGAGAAAAGCAAAGAAAACAACAGAGCUGCCAGGUUGAAGGCAAUUCCAAGCAGCUAUAAAACAUAUUGCAAGAAAGGGAAAUAGAAAGAGAAAAGAGAGACCCACCAGGCCACCAAAGUCACUUAAUUGAGGGUCACCUACAGAUCAUGUGUUAGGAGUGAAAAGAAAGGGGGAGGGGUUGGGUAGAUUAAAGAACAUAUAAUCCCACACAUGAUUAUGGAUGGUGAAAAUGGGAUCCGCAGGACAAACUUCCCUCUACAGUUACUAGAAAAUAAGGAACAACAACAAGAACAACCUUGUUCCAACAAUGUUAACGAUGAGACAAGUUCUAAAGCAACCUCGGAAGCAUCCAAGAAACCUCCCCCUAAGAGGACUCCAACCAAGGACAGACACAGCAAGGUGGAAGGCCGUGGCCGCCGCAUCCGCAUGCCUGCCACGUGCGCUGCUAGGGUUUUCCAGUUAACAAGAGAGCUUGGUCACAAAUCAGAUGGUGAAACCAUUGAAUGGCUGCUUCAACAAGCUGAGCCUGCAGUUAUCGCUGCCACGGGAACAGGUACUAUUCCUGCAAAUUUUACGUCCCUUAAUAUUUCACUCAGGAAUUCAGGUUCCAGCAUGUCGGCUUCCCACUUGAGGAAUACUUAUUUCAAUCCAAAUUUUUGUACACAACAAUUGAGGAUGAGAAGUGAGUGGGAAAGGGAUUUGCUUGACGACUCAUCAUCUUCCCAGCAACAAAGGAGGAUUUUAUCAUCAGAGGAUUCAUUAAACUUUCCUGCUAGUAGUAGUAGUGUGAACGCUUUCUUGCAAGCUAAGCAAGAGUUGCGGGACUCUAGUCUGGCUGUCUCGGAGGAGGCGGUUACUAGUAUAGGGAAGAAGAGAAAGCCCGAGCAGCAAGAAUUGUCAGAAAAUCAGAUGGGGAGUUACUUGAUACAAUCAACUAUAGGCUCAAUUCCAUCGAGUCAUAAUCUGAUUCCGACAACGUUUUGGAUGGUGACAAAUCCUAGCAACCAAGCCAUUAGCGGGAGUGGCGCUGGGGAUCCUAUGUGGACAUUUCCUCCAGCUAGUAAUACUAAUAUGUAUAGGGGAACUAUGUCUAGCGGGGUGAACUUUAUGAAUUUUGCUACUCCAAUGGCUCUUCUGCCUGGACAAGAAUCGGGUUCAGGAAUUGCAGCUGGUGGUUCAGUAACCGACAGUCAUUUAGGCGUGGUCGAGGCACUACACCCGUAUAAGCCGAUUCCAGGCUCCAGUGUUUCGGAGUCUCCAGCCAGCAGAUCACAUCAACACCAUGGUGGAGAAGAUAGGCAUGAUUCAACUAGCUAGUGUUCGCCAUGCCUUCAGAGCAAAUUACAAGUGUAUGGCUUAAUCAUGCUUUAUUCUCUUUCACUUAUUUUUAGUAGUACAUAUAUGUGCAAUUUGCAGCUCGGGCUCUAGUUUGAAUGCUAUGAAAUUGAGUGUGAUAUUCGAUUUUGGUGUAGUGAGUAAUGAGAAAUUAAUUCAUUAGCCAGGUUCUGAUAUAUGAGAAUUAAUAUCAUUUUAGCGGUUCUGUUGAGGUCCUUUUUUGGGGCGUGGCUAAACAGUUUGAUAUCAGUGUCGGUUAAUUUGUUAAUAUCUUCAAACAUUACCUCAAGGGAAAGAGACUUGAUACGCAUGCAAUAUUGCAUAGCUAAGUUUCAUUACUACCUUUCAAUUGAUCAGGUUAGGUUUAACAAGCUCGUCAUCAUAGCUCUUCCUCUUUAAUUCUCUCUCCCUCUUUUCUUCCUGUUACUGUUAACAUGAUUAGAGCUUCCCUUGAUUAAUCCUUAACUAAAAUGAUGAGAGUAGUGAUGGCCCUGAUGGGGGCUUUCAGUGUUUUGAGUGCAUUACUUACUGUUCAUCGCUUGGACUGAUCUCUCCGCAAUCUAAAUUGAUGCUAACCUUAUUCUGCACUAUUUCAACCGCUGCCACAGGCGUUUGUGAUUCUUGGUGCCAUUAAAUCAUCAGCAAAAAAAAGUUCAAUCAUGUUUCAAGAAUAGA